AUGGGAUCCGAGCUGCCCCGUGCAAAACCGCCGACACUGCCGCUGCUGAGCUGUGGCGAGAACACACACCAUGGCCGGAACCAGACUGACACCGGCCCUGCAGGGAUCGCAUCCAGUAACGACCCUGUGAGUGAUCACCCGUGUCCUACCCCAUAGGAGGAGGAGAACACCCGGGGAAACCGGCAUGUGACUGCUCCAGCACAGGGGGCUGGGCGCCAAGUGAUACAGAUGGUGCACCCGGGUACCCAUCUGUACUCCCCGUCAACCGCGGGUAUUCACCGUCAAGUGCGGGGACGAAGCCCUCCAACAAGAAACACUGCAUACCCCCAUGACACAUGAGAGUCCGUGGGGUGUCUGCAGCACAUUCAAAAUGCACAUUCAACGGCGCCAGGUACCCUGGCGGUCGGCCACCUCUCCGGCAUUACACUGACUGUGCACAACUGUACCCGUCUACAACUCACGAACAAAGCUGGCAGGCACUGCAUCGAUAGCGAAGAGGCCCAUACGCAGGAAACCCGGAAGUACCCGCAGACAGGUCUCGAGGAUCGGCAAGAACCAAGAUGGCGGUCCGACCGGAAGUGA